UUUCACAAGAAGACAAACAUCCAGUCAUUGACUAUAUAUAUAUAAAUUAUAUCAAAAACCAUGUAAGCCCAUUAGACAACAUACGAAGAAAAUAUGGCCGAAAUUCAUACUAAUGGUGACUCCAAAUCUUCAUUCAAAAUCCCCGAAGUCAAGUUCACUAAGUUGUUCAUCAAUGGAGAAUUUGUGGAUUCAGUUUCUGGAAAAACGUUCGAGACUAUUGAUCCAAGAAGCGAAGAAGUGAUAGCGAAUAUCGCUGAAGGAGAUAAAGAGGAUAUUGAUUUGGCUGUUAAGGCUGCUCGUGCCGCCUUUGAUCAUGGUCCUUGGCCUCGUAUGUCCGGCUCGGAAAGGGGAAGGAUAAUGAUGAAAUAUGCAGAUUUAGUUGAGGCAAACAUCGAAGAGUUAGCAGCAUUGGAUGGCAUUGAUGCCGGCAAGGUGUUUGCCUAUGGGAAGAUCAGAGACAUUCCUUUUGGACUCAGCGUACUUCGAUAUUAUGCAGGUGCAGCUGAUAAAAUUUAUGGAAAGACAUUGAAACUGUCUAACCAAUUACAAGGGUACACUUUACAUGAACCCAUUGGUGUUGUCGGGCAUAUUAUCCCAUGGAACUUCCCUGCAGGGAUGUUUUUCUUCAAAGUUAGCCCGUCUAUGGCUGCAGGGUGCACCAUGGUGAUUAAGCCGGCUGAGCAGUCACCUCUGUCUGCUCUUUUUUGUGCGCAUUUAGCUAAAUUGGCGGGUGUUCCAGAUGGAGUGAUUAAUGUGGUAACAGGAUUUGGACCAACAGCUGGAGCAGCCAUAAGUUCACAUAUGGAUAUCGACUGUGUGAGUUUCACAGGUUCGACUGAAGUGGGACGACUUGUAAUGCAAGCUGCUGCCACAAGUAAUCUAAAAACAGUGUCACUAGAGCUCGGAGGCAAAUCCCCUCUCAUUAUCUUCGACGAUGUGGAUGUUGAUUCAACUGUUAAUCUUGCUCUUAUGGGCGGUUUUGCUAACAAGGGUGAAUUUUGCGUGUGUAGCUCAAGGAUUUUUGUACAAGAAGGAAUCUAUGACGAAUUUGUGACUAAGUUUGUCAGAAAUGCAAAAGGAAUAACUGUUGGUGACCCGUUUGAUCCAUCAACUCUUCAAGGACCUCAAGUUGAUAAGGUACAAUACGAAAAAGUACUUUCUUAUAUUGAACAUGGGAAAAGAGAAGGUGCAACUUUGCUAACCGGUGGGAAACCUUGCGGAGAAAAGGGAUAUUAUAUCGAGCCAACAAUCUUCACAGAUGUUACCGAUGACAUGCUUAUUGCGAAAGAUGAAAUAUUUGGCCCUGUCAUAGCUGUCAUUAAGUUUAAGACCAUUGAGGAGGCAAUUGCAAGAGCGAAUUCAACGAGUUAUGGUUUAGCAGCUGGAAUAGCAACAAAGGACUUGAACAUAGCUAACACGGUUUCAAGAUCACUUCGUGCUGGUAUCGUGUGGAUUAACUGUUACUUGGCGUUUGAUGCAGAUUGCCCUUAUGGAGGUUAUAAAUUGAGUGGAUUCGGAAGAGAAUUUGGUUUGGAGGGCUUACACAAGUACCUCCAAGUUAAAUCCGUUGUCACUCCUGUUCACAAUUCUCCUUGGCUUUGAGUGUAACCAGAAUUUUAUUUCUCUUUUGAAUUGAAUAAUGAUCAAUCAGUAAGGCCUCGUUCUUUUUUUACUUGAAUUUAAUAAUUAAGAACUUAAUGUA